GUCAGGAAUGAUGGAACACAAGAUUGAUUUUCAAGAACUCCUGGCCAAACUGGUUAUCUCAGAGCCAACCGAUCCUAUUAUAAAGUGUAUUAUUAAUGAUAAUCUGGAGAGGCUGAAGAAAUUGAUUAGAGGCAAGGACAUCAAUGCGUUGUACCCUUGUGUUGAGUUAAAAGAUGAAGUAACCCCUUUAAUUGCUGCUGUUGCAUUUGCAAAUCAGGAGAUUUGUACAUUUCUUCUGGGAAAAGGUGCUAACCCCAACAAACCAUCAAAUAUAUAUUUAGCACCACUGCAUUAUGCUGGACUUCACAAAGUUCCAGUGAAUAUAGUGACAACAUUACUGGAAGCAAAUGCAGAUCCAAAUGGACUAGAAGACAUAGGACUACCUGUUAAACAAAAGUUCUCUCCACUUCAAUUAGCACAUACGAGUGAAGAUAUUGUGAAGGAGUUGCUCAAAUCUGGAGCGUUAAUGUGGCUAAAUCAUGGCAUCUAUCCUGCAAUUGAUCAGAAAUUGGACACAAUAAUUCAAAACUUUGCUAAAGAGAGUGAGUUCUUUUCCAAAAUCAAGCUUUUUUUGGAUUUUGUACAAGCAAUAAAACAAACAGCGCCGACAGAUGUUUUCCAACUCUACGGACUUCACUUACUAGAGGAGAACCCCCAAACCCACCUCACUAUGAUUGACAUGUGCUUUAACAUUGAAGGUCCAAAUGAAGACGAAUACUUCCAGAAAGCCAUUAAAUGGUUGAACAACUCAAAUAAACUAGAUCACUAUGCUGAAGAUGUAAGCAGACGUCUGUCUACAAUUCCUCUGAAAUGUAAGGCAGGUGCAUUGAAAUCCUUAGAUAAUGUUGUUUGUGCCAUGAAGGAAAUACCUAAUGAGGUGGCACUUAUCCUAAUUCCUGAGUUAGUGAAACUGCUUUCCUGUAAAACAGAUGAUCUCAUGCCAUUGAUCGUUGUUAUACUCUACGGCAUCACACAGAAGACAAAAAACAAGGAUCGUUGGAGCAAGUCUGACCUUGAGAAAAUAUGCAAGCACAUUGUCCCAUGCACACAGAGGGAGGAUUAUCCCUCUGAAUUGAAGAUGUAUGCCUAUGCCUUGCUAGCAGAUCUUUACACAUUUAGUUGUGUUCCUGGUUACAUCAUCUGUCUGGGACUGACUCCGGUACCUGAAGAACUACUUAGCUGGGGAAGGGAUGAAAACCUGAAAGAAAAACUGAGAGAUCUAAACAAGUCCUUAAACAGACAAUAUUCAGUCUCCAACUCAGCAAGUGAAGAUUCAAAAGACAGUAAUUUGUCAGAAACCAAGAAGAAGAAGAAGAAGAAGAAGAAGAAGAAGAGGGGAGAGGCAGAAAACCAAGACACACCAAAAGAAGAGACAGGCACACAAGAAAAUAAUACAUGUUUAGCCUUCAAUACUUCAUCUACUCCUGUUGAGGAAUCUGGCCUUGCUGGAAGUUCAAGUGUGGAGCCGUUCCACCCCACCACUGACACGCCACCAUUACAGCGCAAAUGGCACAAAGUCAGCAAGCGGUGGGAGACACAGUUAGAGAAGCUUGCCAACAUGGAUGAAAGUAAAGUUUAUAGGGUAGGAAACCUCACUCUAGUAGAUGAAGGAAAUUCCUUCCGCAUAGCAAAGGGAAGUGAUGGAACUGAGGUCUUCUUGGGCCUGAGGGAUGAUGGCACUGAAGUAGCCAUAAAGAGAAUGAUCAGGUCCAACUAUGAAAUUCUCAAGAAUGAAGAAGGAUUUUUACGUCUUCCAGCGCUUGACAGUACUUGUAUUGUGAGAUACAUGGACUUUGCGGAAGACCGUUUUUUUGGUUAUCUUGCUCUUCAGCUCUGUGAAUACACCCUGGAUGAAUACAUUAAUACAUACCUGUCAAAGGACGACACUCAUGCCCUGAUUAAAAUCACUCAAGAGGUGCUCUGCAGUUUAAGAGUCCUUCAUUGUCCAACUACCAAAGUCCUUCAUCGGGAUAUCAAACCUCAGAAUGUUUUGAUAGAUAUUAAAGGAAAUGCAAAAUUGGCAGAUUUUGGCAUAAGUCGCAGAUUGACAGUGGAUCAAACAACUCUAUACACAAUCCCUGCAGGAACAAAAUGCUGGAUGGCCAAGGAGACGUUAGACAAAAUAGGCUCUGGAUAUAAGCGGAGCUCUGAUAUACAGGUGGCCGGGAUGUUGGUCUACUACAUUCUUUCUGGUGGACACCACCCCUUUGAAGAUCCACUUGGUGAUGAACUUGAACAUAAUCGAAACAUAAUCAAGGGGACUUACACACUAGAACAUGUGUCAGAUGAGGUGGCAAAAGAUCUCAUUGAGUGGAUGAUCACUGAAGACCCUGAGAAGAGACCUACAGUGGAGGAGACCCUGGAUCAUCCCCUCUUCUGGAAACCACACAGGAGAGUUGAGUACUUGAGAACAGUUGGGAAUGAGGAGGAGGUCGGGAAGUAUCGUGAUGCUGACCCAGAGCUUCUAGAAGAUCUGAAACAAAGAGCUAUGGCAAAAACCUUCUGUCAGUGGAGAUCCAAGUUUCUGUCUGAUUUGAUGAAAAAGAUGGAUGGCAAAAAGCCCUACCCUGAGAACAUGUUGGGGUUACUACGCUUCAUACGCAACCUACAUGAGCACUACGCUGAGGAUUUAGAAUCUGUUGACCUGAUGAAGAUGUUCCCUGAUCUCUUUGGAUGCGUCUACAUGUUAGCCAAGAAACAGGGCUGGAAUUCAAGGCCUGGUCUGAAAAACAUGUUUCAGAGAGAUCUAAGCUCAUGAUUCUGAAAUGUAAACUAUAUGUAAUUUGGACUGAUGAAAAAUGAACUAUUGUCAUACUUUUGACUCUUUGUAGGACAUUUUAUAUUCUAUAUUUUCACUGAUAGAUCUAAUAUCCAUAAUAUUUUUACAAAUCAAGAUCUUACAUGGUUAUGAACUGCAUAUUAUGGGAGUUCAUAUGAAAAUACUGUACACACAAAGCUUUGAUAUAAGGUAGCAAUUAAUAUUUUCAAAUCAAAUCAAAUGUUAUUUGCCACAUGCACCGAAUACAACAGGUGUAGACAUU